GGGGGGGGUGGGUGAAGAUUUCUGCCAUACUGGUCUCCCCAAGUUGUUUGGAUUGAUAAGAGAAGUGGAGCCCGGAGAGGUGCAGAGUUUUUUUCAUUCGAGGGAUUUCGUGCCAUAUUCUGGCCAUGUGCGUUAUUUUCUAUUGAGCCCGUGGGGGUCGCUGGAUAAGAACCGCAAACGCAAUGCUGGGAUGUGAAACGGGGCUCAUGUUAUGGUGGAUGGCGUCCUCUCUCGUCAAGUAUGGGACUGUGGAAGCGGUGAAAUGCAGCAUUAACGUAACGGAGACCAGACAGUCCUGGGAUUUUAUUUACGUGCAAUGGACCAGCGCGGGGAGUCCUUGUAACUACAGUGUGUCCUACAACUUUAACCAGAGCCGGACCCAGACUUGCAGCCCUGCCUGUGACUGGCAGGACCACUGCGAGUGCGAGCUGAAGGGACUGCAGGCGGGGACGCUGUACCAGCUGCGGAUUUGCUCACUUACAGACGGGUUGUCGGCAAACUUAUCCCUGCAGACAGAUCCUAAAAAACCCCAAAACUUUCAUAUAAUUGAAAGUGAGACAACUUCCACCAGUCUCCAUGUUUCUUGGACUCCACCUCCAGGAAAUGUCGAUUUUUAUGAUAUCAGCCUGUUUGGGAAGGACACUGGAGAAAUUCAGAAUCUCCAGAUUCCAGGAAGCUCUUCCAGGAAAGAAGCCACGUUCCUAAAGCUGACACCGGGAAGUAGAUACAGUUUUGCCAUAAAGACACUCGCUGGGAGCAGGAGUUGUGAUGAACUCCAAACCUCCGGAUCCACCGUUCCAUCCAAGGUGCAGGAUGUGCAGAUUUCUGCAAAGAAGGAUAGUGUCAACGCAGUUUGGAUCCCAGGUCCAGGGAAGGUGGAUAGUUACAAGCUUUUACUGAACCAUGAAAGAAGUGUGGUUCAGCAGAACAUUGUCUCAAACCUGACAAAGAGCCACACUUUCACUGGAUUGACACCUGGAAGACUCUACAAUCUCAGUGUGACAAGUGUGGCGGCAGACAAAGAAAAUCCUAGCUCCCAAACCGUCCAGACAGCUGCAGCAAAAGUUACAUCUCUGACAGCAUCAAACAACAGCAGCCUGGAUAGCCUCCUGGUGUCCUGGAAGCCAGCGGAGGGUGAUGUAGAUUCAUAUGCUGUUAAACUAUUUUAUCUCGGAGCAGUGAUCAAAAACAAGGCCUUGCUGCCGAGCAUAUCACAGACUCUCUUUGAAGGGUUAACCGCGGGCCGGUUAUACAACAUCACUGUUACCACCAUCAGAGGCAAGCUACAGGCGAGCGCCUCAUGCAGUGCCAGGACAGUUCCCAACCCUGUUUCAAACUUGAUCAUGACGAGCAACGGCUCAAUGAGUUCUCUGAAAGUGAGCUGGCUGCCCCCUGCUGGAGACUGGGAUAGUUACCGCUUCCAGCUCCUCAAUCACUCCUUCAUUAUUCUGACUGAUUCGUUGAAGAAACAGAUCAGAGAAUACACGAUCAAGGGCAUAGGACUCAUCCCAGGACGACUGUAUGAGGCUGCAGUCAUUGUGGAGAGUGGAACACAUCAAAACAAAGCUUAUUGCAAAGGGAGAACUGCUCCUCAACCAGUGCUUGACCUUCGAAUAAAGCAGACAGAUGAAUCCACACUCAGUGUCGUGUGGGCAACCCCGGUGGCUGAAUGGCAAAGUUACCUUAUAUCCUUAAAGGACAGAGAAAUGACAGUCAGGAAUAAAACUCUAGCAAAAGACGUUAAAGAGUGCACCUUUUCUGAUCUGGUGCCUGGGCGCAAGUACAGAGUCAUUGUUACCACCAUUAGUGGCGAUCUUAACACAUCUGCCUCAGUAGAAGGAAGAACAGUCCCAGCCCAAGUAUCUAGCCUCCAUGUGACAAACCAGGGCACAAUCAACAGCUUACACACCAGUUGGACCAGGGCCGUUGGAGACCUUGACUAUUACCAGAUCCAUCUCAUUCAUGAAAAGAUAGUCAUCAAAAACGAAACCGUUUCGAAUGUAACGGAUGAGUACCUGUUUCACUCGCUGAAAUCCGGGGGCUUGUACUCAGUGGUUGUUACUACAGUCAGUGGAGGCAUUGCUUCAAGGCAAUCGCUCGCUGAAGAACGAACAGUUCCUUCAAGUGUGUCCAUGGUGAGAGUGAGUAACCGUGGAAGCAGUGAUUACCUUCACGUGUCCUGGUUGUCGGCAAUUGGGGAUGUUGACAAUUAUUUAGUGACAUUGUCCCACAACGGUAAUGUUGUCCAGUCUCACACUGUCUCCAAAACCAGUUCUGAGUCUUCAUUCAGCUCCCUUAUCCCGGGAAGGCUGUACGAUGUGAACGUCACCACCAGAAUUGGGAAGUACGACAACUACACAGUUACACAGGAGCGCACAAAACCUGCGGCUGUGCAAAGAAUCACCGUCAGCAAUUCCGGGAGGAGCGAUUACCUGAAGGUGUCUUGGUUGGACGCAACGGGAGAUUUGGACAAAUACAUAGCAACAAUCAAGAACAGUUACAACUACAGCAAAAGUUUAAUUGUGCCCAAGUCUGAAAAGGAAUGCAUAUUCUUCAACUUAACUCCAGGACGGGUUUACAGCAUCACAGUCAGCACUAAGAGUGGGGAAUACGAAGCACAUGACUCAACCACCUCGCAGACAUUUCCAGUCGCUGUUGAGAGCCUCACUGUGGCUGACAGGAGCACUGACACUCUCAACGUUACCUGGGAGGCAGCCGCUGGGGAUGUGGAUCGCUACGUGAUUGAACUGCUCUUCAAUGACAUGAAGGUUUUCCCUACGAUAACACUCAGCGGCACAGCACACCAGUUUACUUCCUUAACUCCUGGGCGUCUCUACAAAAUCUUAGUCUUGACCCUGAUUGGGGAUCUGCACGUUGCUUCCUUUACAAAAGGACGGACAGUACCCAGUGCAGUCAAAGACAUCCACGUUUCCAACAAUGGAAUGACCAAGAACCUGAAGGUAAACUGGUCUCACGGAGGAGGUGACGUGGACAGCUACACUGUGAUUCUGUUUCACCAUGGUCGCCAGAUCUCUACCCACAGCGUUCUGAAACAUGUGUACGAGUACAUCUUCAAUGACCUUGAGGCUGGAGACCUGUAUCAAAUUACCGUUCAGUCAAACAGUGGUAACCUCCACAAUAAUUCAACAGCAUUUGGACGCACUGCCCCUGCUUCAGUCACAGGUUUGACUGUUGAUAACAAACACACAACCUCUACCCUGGUGGUGUCCUGGCAAACAGCCACUGGUGUUUCAGAAGGUUACAGCCUGCAACUCCUCAGUGAGCAGAGAACUCUGAUCACAAACGUAUCUGUGUUGCCAUCCAUCAGGGGGCACAAGUUCGAAGACCUGAUCCCUGGGAAAAAGUAUAAAAUCAGUGUUUAUACUGUCAGCGGAGGGCUGAGUAGCACUGAAGCAACCAUCGAGGGGAGAACAGUUCCAGCAUCAGUCACGGAUCUGAAGGUACAAAAGAGCAACACGGACACGCUCUCAUUCAGCUGGACUAUAGCAGAAGGCGAAUGUGACUUUUACGAAAUAUUCCUGUAUAAUAUAGAUAAAACCCUUCAUGACAGGAAGUCUCAUGGCAAACAGAGCCUUGAGAAAUGCUCAUUCCAGAGUCUGACACCAGGCAAAAUGUAUAAGCUGGUGAUAGUCACUCAUAGUGGAGACUUAACAAAUGAAUCUUCGGUUUUUGCAAGGACAGUUCCAGCUCAGGUGACUCAACUGCAGUGGAUGAACAUAAACUUGACAGACAGCCUGAGGUUCACCUGGACCCCAUCAGAUGGGGAAUUUGAUUCCUACAACAUAUCACUUUAUAAUCCUAACAGCACCAUGCGGGACAAAAGAUUUGGGACAAAAGAACUCAAAGAAUGCCAUUUUGAAGGUUUAAUACCCGGUAGGAUUUAUCACAUGGUCAUUGUGACACAAAGUGGAGAACUAAGCAACGAAGCAUCUAUAGAAGGCAGAACAGCUCCAAACCCUCCAGGAACAAUGUCCUUUGCUGAUGUUACAAAUACUUCACUGGUUAUCACAUGGCUUGGUCCUCCAGAGCAGACAGAUUACGAUGACUUCGAGCUACAAUGGACCCCGAGAGAUGCUGGAGUUGUCGUUUUUAAUCCUUACAACACGGUUAAAUCAAAAGGGCGCAUAGUACAGAAGCUCCAUCCUGGCCGCCACUACACCUUCAGUCUCCGUACUGUCAGUGGGACGAUAUUGAAAUCUUUCAGUGAAUCUGUUCUAGCAGAUAUUAGAACAAAGCCGGACAAAGUGCAGCAUAUCCGCUGUCGACCGCAGAGCUCAACUGCCGUCUCCUGCUCUUGGGCGAACCCUGAUUCAGACUAUGACAGCUAUAACAUCGAGUGCUACCAUGAUAGCAAUAAUCAAGACAUUGUGUAUUCAAGAAGAAUCGAGAAGGAAUCAGUUCAGCACAUCAUUGAGGAUUUGGAGCCACACAAGAAAUAUUUAGUAGCUAUAAAGGUUGUCUCUGAUAAAAUGGCCAGUGACGCUGUAGAGGACAGUGUUAUUACCAUGAUUGACAGUCCACCUACUCCACCUCAAUACAUUCGAGUCAAUGACAAAGCAGCUUCCAUUACCACAUCAACCAUAUAUUUCAAUUUUAAUUGUAGCUGGUUCAGUGAUAUAAACGGAGCCAUAAAAUACUUCACUGUGAUAAUGUGUGAAUCAGACGGCAUUGACAGUUCAAAACCAGAAAGGAAACACCCAUUGCCAUCCUAUCUGGAAUACAAACACAACAACUCAAUUCAAAUCUAUCAGACAGAUUAUUUUUCAAGUAGAUGUGGAGAGAACCCUGACGGCACAUUUCAAACCUUUGAAAUAAAAAUUGGAGAUGAGAUGGAGAAACUCGGAGGGAAGUGCGAAAAGGACCAUGAGACAUUCUGCGAUGGACCAUUGAAACCCAGAACAUCAUACAGAAUUAGCGUACGGGCUUUCACCCAGCUGUUUGAUGAAGACGUAACAGAGGUCCCCAGUCCUUUGUUUUCAGACACUUAUUUCUCCUUACCUAUAACCACCGAGUCAGAACCCCUCUUCGGUGUCAUAGAAGGAGCAAGUGCUGGAGUUUUGCUGAUUGUUGUGCUCAUUUUGGUUACGGCUAUAAUAGUGUGCAGAAGAAAUGUGGAGCCAGCGAACAUUCAAGCCAGAAGCCAAUCCAAACCAAAGGACAGACCCUCAUCAGUUAAUGUCCCUCUUGUACAGGGAAGAAAACCACCAAUCACCAGAGAAAUAAAGGCAAACCAGUUUGAAACUCAUUUUACCAAACUGCAAGCAGAUUCCAGUUAUCUCUUGUCAGAGGAAUAUGAGGAUUUAAAAGAAAUUGGACGAAACCAGCCUUUUGACACAGCACUUUUACCUGAGAAUAGAGGGAAAAAUCGAUACAACAAUAUUCUGCCUUAUGAUCCAACCCGAGUGAAGUUAUCUUACAUUGAUGAUGACCCUUGCUCAGACUACAUCAAUGCCAGUUACAUUCCAGGUUGCAGCUUUCGCAGGGAAUACAUUGCCACUCAGGGUCCUUUGCCUGGCACCAAAGAUGACUUCUGGAAAAUGGCUUGGGAGCAAAACAUUCACAAUAUUGUGAUGGUAACGCAAUGUGUAGAAAAGGGAAGGGUAAAAUGCGAUCAUUACUGGCCUUUUGACCACGAUGCCUUAUAUUAUGGAGAUCUCAUAGUUCAGUUGCUGUCAGAAUCCGUGUUACCAGAAUGGACCAUCAGAGAGUUUAAAAUUUGCAAUGAGGACCAGCUUGACUGUGCUCGAAUUGUUCGUCACUUUCACUACACGGUUUGGCCGGAUCAUGGCGUGCCAGAAACAACACAGUCUCUAAUACAGUUUGUUAAAACCGUCAGAGAUUAUAUUAACAGAUCGCCAAACUCUGGACCCACAGUGGUACAUUGCAGUGCUGGAGUUGGCCGGACAGGCACUUUUAUUGCUCUCGACAGAGUCCUUCAACAGUUGGAGAGCAAGGAUUCUGUCGACAUUUACGGAACCCUUUAUGAUCUGAGGCUUCACAGGGUUCAUAUGGUCCAAACUGAGUGUCAAUAUUCCUAUUUACAUUUGUGCAUAAGAGAUGUUUUAAGAGCUAGGAAGCUCCGAUGUGAGCAAGAAAACCCAUUGUUUCCCAUAUACGAAAAUGUGAAUCCAGAAUAUCACAGAGAUUUUCUUUUCGGAAGACACUAAAGAACAUGGACAAAUAUUCAUCCGUAGGAAGGAAUGUCAUCUGCAGGACUGCUAAACAUGCACUAAAUAAAUACCAGAUAGAGCAUUUCAUGGUGUGUAUAAUUUAUUUGCCUGGUAUUCCUUGUGGAAAUUAUUGUAAUUUAACUACACCAAAGAUUAUUGUAUAUACUUAUAUGUCAAAUAAAUAUUCUCUAGAUUAUGUAAAUAUGUAUUCGUAUUUUUAAAAAUGCCGGAAACUUAUUUUUAUUUUUUCUUCUAAAAAGUUAUUAUUACCUAUAAUGAAGUAUGUUUAUUGUAUGUAAAAAAAAACAAUAAUCUGUAUAUAUAUUUAUGAUCUUAUUUUAUUUUAUAUAUUUACAUUUAAUGUUUUUAUAUGCCAAAUGUUCUUCUUAUUACUUUUAAUAUAUUAUAUUUUAUACGGGAUAUUGUUAGCUGUAUGUACUUCAAAGGGUAAUAUCAGAUUUAUGAUGUGAAAGGCGCUAUAUAAAUGCAAUUUGUUGUUGUUUCACUUAAAAUAUUAUUUACUGUAAUAUCAGACACUUUCACUUUUGAUCAGCCUUUGAGGAUAGUAGUUUAAUCAUUCUUUAAAGUGAGAUCUGCCUUGAGGCAAGUAUUGAUGUUAUUGAAACGUUCACCUCACAUUCCUGUGGCUGUGUGUUAAGAGUCUCAGCACUGCCUGGCUUCACAUCUGCCAGUCAUAUGAAGCAGAUAUGUUAGAUCCGUUCUGAAAGUGCAGUGCACAGUGGUAAUUGUCUUAUUUAAGAAAGGAUAACCUGACCCAGGAAAGUAAAAUUAAACCUACUGUAAAGUACCCCUAGAUAAUUAUUCGGGGAGGAAAAGUUUGCAGGGCUAUGGGGUGAGAGUGGGGGAGUGGGAUUGAAUUGGAUAGCUCUUUUCAAAGAGCCGGCACAGACACGAUGGACCAAAUGGCCUCCUUCUGUGCUGUAUAAUUCUAUGAUUCUAUGAUACUGCAAUGCCACAUGUAUCACUGCCACAUGUAUCAGGAAUAACGAUGGACAAAAUGUUUGCUAGUAAUUUGAUAGCACUUAGGAGUCAUUAGAGAGGCACAGAGCAGAGGUGAGACUGCCCCUCCCAGCAGUCAAAGAUGGCAAAUUAGCAGGCAGAAAAUAGGAGUCAGAUGCACAUAUCUCCUGGAGAGCUAUUAGAGAAUGGACCCAGAAAAAACAGCCACAGAUCAACCCAGGUUGGGGGGUGGGGGGAAUGGGUGCGUAGGGAGAGUCAUCUAAAGGGAAGAAAAUAAAAUUAAAGCUUAGUUGGUUGGUUUUAAUGAGACUGGUCAUUAAGCACAUUCAUGCCGGAGUUUAAUCCACAAAGCCACCAAAAACUGCACACUUACAUUCCUGCUAAAUCGUAAAAUAAACAGCCUCUUUAAAAGCUCCAUUGACAGACAGGCAGAUCUAAGAUAACUUACUCACCUAUCAAGCCUCACUACCUUUUGUAGUCCAGCUUUUAUGUCUUUUGACUGAGUCUAUUUGAAAUAAACCACCAUUUCUUGAAAAGAAAGACUGUGUUAGAUGAAGGAGAUAUGACAUUUUUAGCAAAGGAUUAGAAGUAUAGGUGAAUAAAGAAUAAAUCUGUGUUACAUUUUAAUUCCAUCCAUGUUCGCACAGCCAAGAGCCUGUCUGGCCAACCUAGAAUUUCUCCAUGAUUUAUUAAUUAACCUGUUAUAUUUAUAUCAUCCACUAAGAUUUACAAAAGGUUGUUUCAAUAAAAUACGGAUAAUUGUUUAACCAUGUUUAAAA